ACUGUGUUCAUAUAGCGCAUUAUAAUAGAAUUCAACUCAGUAGUCUUGGUAUCUAGAAGCAGGAUUACACAAACCUGGAUAUUCGUGGGAUAAUAUACUAGAGACUCGAUAAAAUAGAGAAACACGUCCAAUAACUGAUUACGAGAUACAAUAAAUAGAGAAUGGUUGUGGAAGAUAGUCUUAAGAUUUGUACUGUUUGUGCGUCUAAUAAUAAUAGAUCUAUGGAGUCUCAUAAACAAUUACAGGAUGCUGGUUAUAACGUUCAAUCUUUUGGUACCGGGAGUGCAGUGAAAUUACCAGGUCCUUCUAUAGAUAGACCCAAUGUUUACGAUUUUGGUACACCUUAUGAGUAUAUUUACCAGGACUUAACAUCACAAGAGUGUCAUAAAAUGUACGAGGCCAAUGGUUUAAUCACUAUGGUGAAUAGAAACCGAUUUGUCAAAAAGGCACCUGAAAAAUGGCAUACUAAUGCAUACGCUGGGAAAUUUGAUUUGGUCAUAACAUGUGAAGAAAGAUGCUUUGACUCUGUCCUCGAUGAUUUAAUGUUAAGAAUGACCAAUAACAAAAAGGGUCCUGAUGAUGAUAAUGAAAUAAAGCAAGUUGUUCACAUAAUAAAUGUUGAUAUCAAGGAUGAUAACGAAAACGCUAAAAUUGGUGGUAAAGGUAUAUUGAAAUUAGUCAAUAUGAUACAUGAAUUUACAAGAAAAGAGAAGCAAAAGAGAAUCGAUUUAAAUGAAGAUGUUGAAGACGAAGAUAAUCCAAUUUUAUUAGAAGAUCAGAUGAUGAAUAUCUUAGCUGACUGGCAGAAAGAGCAUACACACUUGCCCACCCUUUACAGUGUAUCAUACUAUUGAGUAUUCGCUAACAAAGGUGUCCAUGGUUUCAAUAGCAUUUUGUAUUAUAUAGCAUUCAUAAUAGUAGUAAAUUUGAAUAUUAC